GCAUGCGCUGGCGCCGCUCGGCAGCAUCCGCAGUGGAGUCUUGCGGCAUGACUGGGUGGCCGCCAAGGUGCGAGGCCCCGGGGGGGAGUUGGCGUACCUGGUGGCCAAGAAGUGCAGCGACGGCGACAUUGUGGUCACGUGCUGCGACAGCAUGCAUGAGGCCGACGAGGCGGGCAUCGACGUCGUGAAGGGCUGCAAGCGUGGUAUGGCCACCGCGUGGCAGAAGAGGGCGACCGGCCGGGGGCGCAGCGUGCGUGACGUCAUCCGCCACGUGUGCCUGAUGCGGCCCUCCUACAACAUGAUCGUGGAGAACUGCCAGGACUUCGCAAGGGGGGUGCUGGCGUGGCACAACGCGCGCCGGUGA